ACGUAAAUGGGCGCAACAAACGUUGGACGAGCGUUCUUAGAGACGAAUGAUUCUCAGCCGAGAAACCUAAGGUAGCGUAAAACCAGCAAACAUUCGUUUUGAGCAUGGUGACCGAAAUGAUAAAUUUCGACCACAAUGAGUUUAAAAUAAGUGAUUUAGAAGUGGAUCAUGAAGACCCAAUCCUUAAACAAGAGCUUAACCAACUAAUUUAUGAACAGUUGAGUAAUUUUGACUUCAGUGAUGAAGAAAACCAGCUAGGGAUAGCUGCGAAUGAUGCUGUACCGUGUGACUCUAACGAUUUAAUGAGCAUUUUCGAAGCAGAAAAAUUGUCUUUGCUAGAAGGUGCUAUCCAGAAUUUUGGAGAGUGUUCUGAAAAUGAAAUCACGAAUUCAAAUGAAUUAACAAGUUCUAAAAAUGAUAGUGAGCAAUCACGUAAUGGAUGCGGAUUCGCUGAAUCACAUGGUCAGUGCACCCUAAACACCUGUGGUUUUCAGCACCCUGAAGAUCCCAACAACAAAUCUGAGCGAUUUGAAAACCCUAACAAUGGUCAUCCUGCCUGUAGUAACUACCACAAUGAGACAAAAGAUGGCAGUUCUGGACCGGUUCUUAGUUGGGACUUAAGUCUUCCUGAUGAGACUGGAGAUAAAUUAUCUGAUGUGGCGCGACACAAUGUAGAACCAUGCACAGCACAAGGUGUAAUUCUUACUCUUCCUAAUCAUACUGAAUCCUUACAAAUGUCAUCAUCGGCCUGGUCGUUUGGUGCUGCUCCUUCAUCAUAUUUUAUGUCAACCGCAAAUCCGAAAAAUGCAAUUUGGCCAGGAAGUUCUAAAGUCCCAACCCCGUCUCACGUAACGUAUGACCAGAUGACUCACACUGCUAUUCCCGUUAGCACUUUAGAUAUGCAACCUAGAAAGCUACAUCCAGCUAGCAAUGAACCAGAUAAGACUACCUCACAUAAAAAUGGGUUUAUCCCGUGCAUUACUCCAAUAAAGACUUGUAGUAUCAACGAAAAAGUAGAUUCUUGUUUACUACCUAACGACAAACAGGGUCGUCGUGAAUUACUGUAUGCCGCUCGAGGACAUCAGUUACAGGAGCUACAGACAGAAAUUGUUCAGUUAAGAGAGGACAUAGCCAAAGAAAAACGUCUGUCUAAUCAUCGUUUGUUAUUAGCUGAAGGAGAUAAAGAAAUACUACGUUCCAAACUAUCAGCAAUGGAAGAUACUGUCAAGUCACUACGUGAAGAGCUUGUUGCUAAACAAGAAAACUCGGAAGUCUUACAGAAACAACUGAAACAGAAUGAAGAGCUUCAGAAAAAGUUGGAUGACGAACUUAGAGCUUUACGAUCAACUAAUGAAUCCUUAUCCAGUCAAUUAGUUGAGCUUACUACAGGAAAUGCUUUAAAACGAGCUGAAGAAAGAGAAGCCCAAUUAACAGAAUAUCUAGAACAACGUUUUAUUUCGAAAACUGAGGAAAUUAGAGCAGAACUAAAUACAACUCAAAGACAUUUAACUCAGAAGGAAGUUGAAGUGACUGAUUUACGUCGACAGCUAGAAAUAUCUAAAGCUGAAAUAAUUAAAGCACAACAGACACACAAUAAAAUGAUAAACGAGGCUAAUAAACAAUUGGAGGAGGCUCAAAAGCAUUGUCAACAACUUGCUUCGUCUGCUCUAUGCUCGGAAGUUGCAUCCUUAAGACAAAAGGUCAUUGAACUGGAGACUUCGAAAAAGAUAACAGAAGAUGUGAACAAGAUUUUACAGGAUGAACUACGAGAUUUUCGGGAUCAAGUUAGCAUUUAUGAAAGCGUUUUAAAGUUAGACGUUUAUUUCCAUAACAAUGGUAAUGAUGAGAACCAAUUUUCGUAUGAAUCAAGUGAAUUUACACCUACUGGGAUAAAAGGACGCCAUUCAGGCAAAUCCGUUGCAUUCGCCGAUACCAUCGAGCGCAGCCACGCAAGUCUACAUCGUCGACGUCCAUGUUCAGCAAUCGAACGACCUAUUCACAGCACGAAUGAUAAUUGUGCCAUCACUGGUUGGGAUUCAAAUGAACAGUCUUACCGCUUUCGCCAGAAUUCGGACGGUAAACAACCAUACAGUGAUAAUGAUGAUUUUGCAGACAAAGUAUGCGAAUAUGAACAAGAUGGUUUAUUCCAUUCGUUAACUCGUCAAGAUAUAUUAACCAGUACUCCUGCAGUGUCAGUAAUAUCUCCGAAAUCACCAAUGGCUAAACUACGCAAUGAACUGGAACGUUGUCUUUUAAACUACAAGGCUAAACGAGAACAAGUAACUAAACUUCAUGAAACUCUAUAUACAACACGUUGUCAAUUACAUCAAUCAAGAGAAGCAUUAGAAAAAGCUGAAAAAUCAGCUAAACUUUUACAGGAGCGUGUUCUGUCUUUAGAACAAGAAUUAUCUACUUUGCGUUCUAUCGGCGAUAAUCCUGGACCUAGGGAAGUCUUACUAAGUGGUCAGUUAGAACGGUUAAAAGGGGAUUAUGCUCACUUGGAACAAGAGUUACAGACAACCCGUACACGUUUACAAGCUGCACUUGGUGCAGAAGCCAAAGCAUUAGAGGCUGAGAGAACUAUCAGUGAACGUUUAGCUGCAAGUGUAGCAGAAAGAGAUGCAGCUGUUGAUCGUGCUAAAGCCCUUUGUGAAGCUCAAUAUACAGUAAUGCGUCGCCGCUUAGAAGCAGACUGGGCCAAUGAAAGAGAAACUAAUGCACGUCGUGCUGAACAAAAACUUGCAGAUAUGAAGAAGGGAAUAUGUGAGAUGGAACGUGAAGUUCAACGGAUUACGAAUUUAUAUCAAGAAAGUCAAAUAUCUACAAAGAAGGCUGUUGAAAACGCUGUCAUGGAGGCUAUGAAGUUGAGAGAAACAGAAAGAAUGCGAUUUUGGAGGGAAGAGCUGCCGGAACAAAUCGAAGUCGCACGUCAGUCAUGGAUUUUGCAAAUGAAAACACAAAAUACAGGAGUCAACGCUCUUAUUAAUAAAUUUAAGGAUAAAAGUAGUCAGACAGAAGCUUGUGUAUCAAUGAAUGUUAGCGUAAACACGUCAUAUAUAGCAAAAUCUACCGCAUGUGUUCAAACUGAACUUGGUGAAUUGCUACCAAUAAAGUUUGGAAUAACCAUGGAUGAUCCAAUACCAGAUAGUUUUAACAGUAAUGAAAUUAAAACUGCUAUUCUCAGUAAAUAUCCGAUAUUGUCUGAAUAUUUGUCUGCAGAAUGUCUUUUUAAUUUAUGUACACAUUUAACUGAAACAUCCUGUAUGAAUUUAUGUUAUUUGGAGAAAGAAAUAUCGAACUCUUCUCAAAAUAUCCUUAAACAUCUACUUCAGGAUUUGUUGAAACAGAUCGAUAAUGAAAUUGAUAGACUAACAGUUGAAUAUAAUGUAUCACAUAUUUUUAAUAGGAAUGUAAAUAAGUUUUCCUCAGAAAAUCAAUUUAUUUUUAAGUGCCCUGAUACGCUACAAUGUAGUUCUAUCGAUAUCUCAACUGAUAAAUCUGAUGAAAUUCUCGAGCAAACAUCUUCGAAUUAUUGUCAGAAAAAUGUAAAUUACUAUUAUUUAAAAAUCCGAUUGUCUAAAAUGAUUGGUUUUGAAUAUCAAUCGGUGCUUGGGAAAAUUUAUUUGUUAAUUGUUAAUCUUGAUAAUACAAGUAAAUGUGUACAAAAAUUCAACAAUCCAUCAUUAAACAACACCAAUUCAACCACUUAUGAACAGAAAUCUGUACAAGUUAGUGGUCUAGAUGCUGAAUAUUAUCAUUCUAUUAUUAAAAAAAUCAAAGCUGAUGUUUUAAAUUAUGUUGAACUAUGCCAGUCUCGUGCUGCACAAACACUUCAUUCAGAAUUAGCUCGUGUACAUAGAAGAGCUUGUAGACAGUUUACCAAUCAGCUUCGUCAAGCCUUAUUCGAAGCUGGAGCACCAAUAUUUUCUACCCUUAAACCUGGAGACUUUUGUAACAGAACUGUUGACUUUGCAAAUACAACCGAUUCCAAUUUCAUCAAAAAUAAGUCUUGUCAUGUUAACAAAAGGUCUGAAGGUAUGGGCUUAUCGGAAGCUUCCAAUGAAAAUGAUUUUCAAGCUGUUACUACUUCUUCUCCACCAAAUCCACAUUCAGAAUUGGAGUCACUACUACAUAUUAUUGAUGAAGUGUGUGCUUCAACAGAGACUAAAUUUUAUGCGGACACUUCAACUGGAUUACGUUUAUUCAAUCAUCAGUUCAGUGUAUCAAAAUCAUUACCAAAUGAUGAGAUUAUUCCACAGAAUUCUAUCAAUAAUACAUUUAUGUGUAAUAAUGACGUUACAACAGUUUCAUCUCAUAAUACUGUUACAUUUACUCCUUACAUUGUACGAGAAUGCAAACAGGAUCAAUCAUCAAUGCUUCAUCAUUGUUCUCAUAUUGAACAGAAUUGUGACAAAAAGUCAUCCGUCAAAACUGUACCGAAUCAAUUUAGUAAUCAAAUAAAUAAAAUUAACAGUUUACUCUCAGGAGUCAGUUCUAGUGUAUGUUCAAAUCAUUUGUAUUACACUGAAAAUUUACCAUCAAAUAUAACCUCUUCAGUAAAUUCGACUACACAUAUAAAAUCAAGUGAUAACAACGUUUACAAACCAAUACCAACCCCACGCACUCCUCAUCCUGCUUUUGUUAAUGUUAUAGACUCAUCACCGAAGUUAGGUGGAUUUCCAGAACUGGAAUCGAUAAAUAUAGUUAAUAACUAUUGGGACAGAAAACCUGUUCACACGCAACUUUAUAAGUUAUUCGAAAAUUUCCACAAUCAUUCAAUGAAGUAGUCACCAUGAGAAAUAAAUUUCCGUAUUUUUUCUUUUAGUAUUCCCUUCUAUACAAGUCCGAAGCCUUAUUUUCGCUCGAUGAGCUGCACUACUAUCGAGUUUUCUGCCGAUUGUAUAUUACUUUUAUGGCAUUUUUGUACAUAGUUCAAUUAUUUAUAUACGAAUCAUUCUUCUCUUUGAGUACUUUGCUUUUGUCUUCCUCGUUUUUUCAAUGUUCGGUGAUGUUAGUGUUCAUGUUUCUAUGCCUUAAGUUUUGUGGUAUUUUAACUUUCAAUUUGAAUUUUCAUUUAUCUAGUUUUUACACGUUUUGUUACAAUAUUAUUUUCCAAGUGUGAUAUAUUCUUUAUGGACCUAUGUUAAGGAAUGACUUAUUUAGAAAUUUCGUUGCUUUUGAGUAAACAUUGACUUUUGUAGCCGUUCCAAGAUAAUAUGUUUUCCGACACAAAUGCCUCAUGGGUAUAUUUUAUUUAUUAUUAACAAUAGUUCAUUAGAUGACGCAUAGACUUGCGAAACAGAAAGUACAUGGUUCGAGCUUCAGUCCCCGUACAGUCAAUGUCGAGAAGAUUCCACCAACAAAAAUGACUCCAGGGAUUGUAAUGCUAUCUUAAGGUUUAGAUACAGCAUCUAGGCAUAGAGUUUGGUCGCUAGGUUGCUCAAUAGGGACUCUUUGAUACUAGGUCGGACACUGGUGACAGUCUCUCAUAACUUUCUGCAGGUCAUGACAUGUUUUUAAC